AGAAUCUGUCCUGAGUGGGCGGAGUGUGGCUGCCGGAAACCCGGCUGCCGCCUUGGGGGAGCUUCGGGCGAAGGCUCGGGAACAGCGGACCGGGGUUGGCGCGAUGCUGUUCCCGGGAAGCGCGGUCGGCUGCCGCUGAGGAAGCUGGAGCGAGGAGUUGCCUUCCCAGCGCCCCCUAUGUACGCCUCCUCGCGCUCGGGGCCGGUCGCCGCUUUGCCCGCCUCGGUACCGCCCGUGACUCUCGGGGCCCGGAGCUCCGGCGGCGGCCGGGACCGAGUCCCGCGGGAGGGGAGGCGCCCGGGCGGCGCCCGUGCUUGCGGCCGCGGAGCGAGCGUCUGGCAGGUCCAAGGGUAGCCAAGGAUGGCUGCAGCUUCAUAUGAUCAGUUGUUAAAGCAGGUGGAGGCCCUGAAGAUGGAGAACUCAAACCUUCGACAAGAGCUAGAAGAUAAUUCCAAUCAUCUUACAAAACUGGAAACUGAGGCAUCUAAUAUGAAGGAAGUACUUAAACAGCUACAGGGAAGUAUUGAAGAUGAAACCAUGACUUCUUCUGGACAGAUUGACUUACUAGAGCGUCUUAAAGAAUUUAACUUAGAUAGCAAUUUCCCUGGAGUGAAACUACGCUCAAAGAUGUCCCUUCGCUCCUACGGGAGUCGGGAAGGGUCGGUAUCCAGCCGUUCCGGAGAGUGCAGUCCUGUUCCCAUGGGGUCCUUCCCAAGAAGAGCGUUUGUAAAUGGAAGCAGAGAAAGUACUGGAUAUUUGGAAGAGCUUGAAAAAGAAAGAUCAUUACUCCUUGCUGAUCUUGACAAAGAAGAAAAGGAAAAAGACUGGUAUUAUGCUCAACUUCAGAACCUCACGAAAAGAAUCGAUAGUCUGCCUUUAACUGAAAACUUUUCCCUGCAAACAGAUAUGACAAGAAGACAACUGGAAAUAUGAAGCAAGGGCAGAUCAGGGCUGCAAUGAGAGGAGCAGCUCGGCACCUGCCAGGACAUGGAGAAGCGAGCCCAGCGAAGAAUAGCCAGAAUUCAGCAAAUAGAAAAGGACAUACUCCGUGUACGACAGCUUUUACAGUCCCAAGCAGCUGAAGCAGAGAGGUCUUCUCAGAACAAGCAUGAAGCUGCCUCCCAUGAAGCUGAACGGCAGCAUGACGGUCAAGGAAUGGCAGAAAACAACAUGGCAACUUCUAGUAGUAGCCAGAGUCCAGCUGCACGAAUGGAUCACGAAACAGCCAGUGUUCUGAGCUCUAGCAGCACACACUCUGCUCCUCGAAGGCUAACGAGUCAUCUGGGGACCAAGGUGGAAAUGGUGUAUUCAUUGUUGUCAAUGCUUGGUACCCAUGAUAAGGACGAUAUGUCACGAACUUUGCUAGCUAUGUCUAGCUCCCAAGACAGCUGUAUAUCCAUGCGGCAGUCUGGAUGUCUUCCUCUCCUCAUCCAGCUUUUACAUGGCAAUGACAAAGACUCUGUAUUGUUGGGAAAUUCCCGGGCAGUAAAGAGGCCUCGGGCCAGGGCCAGUGCAGCUCUCCACAACAUCAUUCACUCACAGCCUGACGACAAGAGAGGCAGGCGUGAAAUCCGAGUCCUUCAUCUUUUGGAACAGAUUCGAGCUUACUGUGAAACCUGUUGGGAGUGGCAGGAAGCCCAUGAACAAGGCAUGGACCAGGACAAAAAUCCAAUGCCAGCUCCUGUUGAACAUCAAAUCUGUCCUGCUGUGUGUGUUCUCAUGAAGCUUUCAUUUGAUGAAGAGCAUAGACAUGCAAUGAAUGAACUUGGUAGGAAGGCUACCCGGGGCAUUUCACCACAGGAGCUAGGUCAGGGGCUCUCAGGGGGACUGCAAGCCAUUGCAGAGUUGUUGCAGGCAGACUGUGAGAUGUAUGGGCUCACUAAUGACCACUACAGUAUUACUCUAAGACGGUACGCUGGAAUGGCUUUGACAAACUUGACCUUUGGAGAUGUUGCCAACAAGGCUACCCUGUGUUCUAUGAAAGGCUGCAUGAGAGCACUCGUGGCCCAGUUAAAAUCUGAAAGUGAAGACUUACAGCAGGUUAUUGCAAGUGUUUUGAGAAAUUUGUCUUGGCGAGCAGAUGUAAAUAGCAAAAAGACAUUGCGAGAAGUUGGAAGUGUGAAAGCAUUGAUGGAAUGUGCUUUGGAAGUUAAAAAGGAAUCAACCCUCAAAAGUGUCUUGAGUGCCUUAUGGAACCUGUCGGCGCACUGCACUGAGAAUAAAGCUGACAUAUGUGCUGUGGACGGAGCACUUGCAUUUUUGGUUGGCACUCUUACUUACCGAAGCCAGACGAAUACGUUAGCCAUUAUUGAAAGUGGAGGUGGGAUAUUACGAAAUGUGUCCAGCUUGAUAGCUACAAAUGAAGACCACAGGCAAAUCCUAAGAGAGAACAAUUGCCUACAGACUUUAUUACAGCACUUGAAAUCUCACAGCUUGACGAUAGUCAGUAAUGCUUGUGGAACUCUGUGGAAUCUCUCAGCAAGAAAUCCUAAAGACCAGGAAGCUUUAUGGGACAUGGGGGCAGUGAGCAUGCUCAAGAACCUCAUUCAUUCAAAGCACAAAAUGAUUGCUAUGGGAAGUGCUGCAGCUCUAAGGAACCUCAUGGCAAACAGACCUGCAAAGUAUAAGGAUGCCAAUAUUAUGUCUCCUGGGUCAAGUUUGCCAUCUCUUCACGUUAGGAAGCAAAAGGCCCUAGAAGCAGAGUUAGAUGCUCAGCAUUUAUCAGAAACCUUUGACAACAUUGACAACUUAAGUCCCAAGGCAUCUCAUCGUAGCAAGCAGAGGCACAAGCCAAAUCUUUAUGGUGACUAUGCUUUUGACACCAGUCGACAUGAUGAUAAUAGGGCAGACAGUUUCAAUGCUGGGAGCAUGACUGUUCUUUCACCAUAUUUAAAUACUACAGUAUUGCCCAGCUCUUCUUCAUCGAGGGGAAGUUUAGACAGUUCUCGUUCUGAAAAAGACAGAAGUUUAGAGAGAGAACGAGGUAUUGGCCUCAGCACUUACCAUUCAACAACAGAAAAUGCAGGAACCUCUUCAAAACGAGGUUUGCAGAUCUCUAGCACUGCAGCCCAGAUUGCCAAAGUUAUGGAAGAAGUAUCAGCCAUUCAUACCUCCCAGGAAGACAGAAGUUCCGGCUCUACCACCGAAUUCCAUUGUGUGCCGGAUGAGAGGAAUGCAGCACGGAGAAGCUCUGCUUCCCAUACACAUUCAAACACAUACAACUUCACUAAACCGGAAAAUUCAAAUAGGACAUGCUCUAUGCCUUAUGCCAAAGUGGAGUAUAAGAGAUCUUCCAAUGACAGUUUAAACAGUGUCAACAGUAGUGAUGGCUACGGCAAAAGAGGUCAGAUGAAGCCCUCCGUCGAGUCCUAUUCUGAAGAUGAUGAAAGUAAGUUUUGCAGUUAUGGUCAGUAUCCAGCUGACCUAGCCCAUAAGAUACAUAGUGCAAAUCAUAUGGAUGAUAAUGAUGGAGAACUGGAUACACCGAUAAAUUACAGUCUUAAAUAUUCAGAUGAGCAGUUGAACUCUGGAAGGCAGAGUCCCUCACAGAAUGAAAGAUGGGCAAGACCGAAGCAUGUAAUAGAAGAUGAAAUAAAGCAAAACGAGCAAAGACAACCCAGAAGCCAAAACACCAAUUAUCCUGUCUAUUCUGAGAACACGGAUGAUAAACACCUCAAGUUCCAACCACAUUUUGGACAACAGGAAUGUGUUUCCCCAUAUAGGUCUAGGGGAACCAGUGGUUCAGAAACAAAUCGAAUGGGUUCUAGUCAUGCGAUUAAUCAAAAUGUAAACCAAUCUUUGUGUCAGGAAGAUGACUAUGAAGAUGAUAAGCCUACCAACUACAGUGAGCGUUAUUCAGAGGAAGAACAACAUGAAGAAGAGGAGAGACCAACAAACUAUAGUAUAAAAUAUAACGAAGAAAAACAUCAUGUGGAUCAGCCUAUUGAUUAUAGUUUAAAAUAUGCCACUGACAUUUCUUCCUCCCAGAAGCAAUCAUUUCCAUUCUCAAAGAACUCAUCAGCACAAAGCACUAAAACCGAACAUACCUCUCCAAGCAACGAGAAUACAUCCACACCUUCAUCUAAUGCCAAAAGGCAGAACCAGCUGCAUCCAAGUUCAGCACAGAGAAAUGGUCAGGCUCAAAAAGGGACCACUUGCAAAGUCCCCUCCAUCAACCAAGAGACUAUGCAGACUUACUGUGUAGAAGACACCCCCAUAUGUUUCUCAAGGUGCAGUUCAUUAUCAUCUCUGUCAUCCGCUGAAGAUGAAAUAGGAUGUGAUCCGACAACACAGGAGGCAGAUUCUGCUAACACUCUGCAGAUAGCAGAGACAAAGGAGGACGAUGGAGCCCGAUCAACUGAAGAUCCUGCGAGCGAAGUUCCAGCAGUGUCCCAGAACGCCAGAACCAAACCUAGCCGACUCCAAGCUUCUGGCUUAGCUUCAGAACCAACCAGGCAUAAGGCUGUUGAAUUUUCUUCAGGGGCCAAGUCUCCCUCCAAAAGUGGUGCUCAGACGCCCAAAAGUCCCCCCGAACACUAUGUCCAGGAGACCCCACUUGUGUUCAGCCGAUGCACUUCUGUCAGCUCACUUGACAGUUUUGAGAGUCGCUCUAUUGCUAGCUCUGUUCAGAGUGAGCCUUGCAGUGGAAUGGUGAGUGGCAUUAUCAGCCCCAGUGACCUUCCAGAUAGCCCUGGCCAGACCAUGCCACCAAGCAGAAGCAAAACCCCUCCUCCUCCUCCCCAGACAGUCCAGACCAAGAGAGAGGUGCCAAAAACUAAAGCGCCUGCUGCGGAGAAGAGAGAGAGUGGCCCUAAGCAGACUGCUGUGAAUGCUGCGGUCCAGAGGGUCCAGGUCCUUCCGGAUGCUGAUACUUUAUUGCACUUUGCCACAGAAAGUACUCCAGAUGGGUUUUCCUGUUCAUCCAGCCUGAGCGCGCUGAGCCUCGAUGAGCCAUUUAUACAGAAGGACGUGGAAUUAAGAAUAAUGCCCCCAGUUCAGGAAAACGACAACGGGAAUGAAACCGAGCCAGAGCAGCCUGAAGACAGUGAAAAUCAGGAGAAAGAGAUAGAAAACCCUGAUUCUGAAAAAGACCUACUAGAUGAUUCAGAUGACGAUGAUAUUGAAAUAUUAGAAGAGUGCAUUAUCUCAGCCAUGCCAACAAAGUCAUCACGCAAAGCCAAAAAGCUAGCCCAGACUGCUUCAAAAUUACCUCCACCUGUGGCAAGGAAGCCAAGUCAGCUGCCUGUGUACAAGCUUCUGCCAUCACAAAACAGGCUGCAGACACAGAAGCAUGUUAGCUUCACACCUGGAGACGAUAUGCCCCGCGUGUACUGUGUAGAAGGGACACCUAUAAACUUUUCCACAGCGACAUCUCUGAGUGAUCUGACAAUAGAAUCCCCUCCAAAUGAGUUGGCUGCUGGUGACGGAAUUAGAGCAGGUACACAGUCAGGCGAAUUUGAAAAACGAGAUACGAUUCCUACAGAGGGCAGAUGUACAGAUGAAGCUCAGAGGGGGAACAUCUCAUCGGUAGUUACGCCAGACCUGGAUGACACUAGGGCAGAGGAAGGAGAUAUUCUUGCAGAAUGUAUCAAUUCUGCUCUGCCCAAAGGAAAAAGCCACAAGCCUUUCCGAGUGAAAAAGAUAAUGGACCAGGUCCAACAAGCAUCAGUGACUUCAUCUGGAACUAACAAAAAUCAAUUAGACACUAAGAAAAAGAAGCCGACUUCACCAGUAAAGCCCAUGCCACAAAGUACAGAAUAUAGAACACGAAUGAGGAAGAAUGCAGACUCAAAGGUUAACGUAAAUGCUGAAGAAACUUUCUCAGACAGCAAAGACUCAAAGAAACAAAGCUCGAAAAACACCCCUAAGGACUUCAGUGAGAAGCUGCCGAACAACGAAGACAGAGUCCGUGGAAGCUUCGCCUUCGAUUCGCCGCAUCCUUACACCCCUAUUGAAGGAACUCCUUACUGCUUUUCACGAAAUGAUUCUUUGAGCUCUCUAGAUUUUGAUGAUGACGAUGUUGAUCUGUCCAGGGAAAAGGCUGAGUUAAGAAAGGGGAAAGAAAGUAAGGAUUCAGAAGCCAAAGGUAUCUGCCACACAGAACCAGCCUCAAGCCAACAGUCAGCUAGUAAGUCACAAGCUAAUACAAAACAUCCAGUAAACAGGGGACAGUCCAAACCAGGGCUUCAGAAACAACCCACUUUCCCCCAGGCCUCCAAAGACUUGCCAGAUAGGGGGGCAGCAACGGAUGAAAAAUUGCAGAAUUUUGCUAUUGAAAAUACUCCAGUUUGCUUUUCUCGAAAUUCCUCUCUGAGUUCCCUUAGUGACAUUGACCAAGAAAACAACAAUAACAAAGAAAAUGAACCAGUCAAAGAAGCUGAACCUACUAAUGCACAGGGGGAACCAAGUAAGCCUCAGGCAUCUGGGUAUGCGCCCAAGUCAUUUCAUGUUGAGGACACCCCUGUCUGCUUCUCAAGAAACAGCUCUCUCAGUUCUCUGAGCAUCGAUUCUGAAGAUGACCUGUUGCAGGAGUGCAUCAGUUCUGCAAUGCCGAAAAAGAAAAGACCUUCAAGACUCAAGGGUGAUAGUGGAAAGCAGAGUCCCAGAAACAUGGGAGGCAUAUUAGCUGAAGAUCUGACACUUGACUUGAAAGAUAUCCAGAGGCCAGAUUCAGAACACGGUUUAUCUCCUGAUUCAGAAAAUUUUGACUGGAAAGCUAUUCAGGAAGGUGCGAACUCCAUAGUGAGUAGUUUGCACCAGGCUGCUGCUGCUGCUGCAUGUUUAUCUCGACAGGCUUCGUCCGAUUCCGACUCCAUCCUCUCCCUCAAGUCAGGCAUCUCCCUGGGCUCACCCUUUCACCUCACACCCGAUCAAGAGGAGAAACCCCUCACAAGUAAUAAAGGCCCGAGAAUUCUCAAACCUGGGGAGAAAAGCACAUUAGAAGCAAAAAAGAUAGAAUCCGAAAAUAAAGGAAUCAAAGGUGGGAAAAAGGUUUAUAAAAGUUUGAUUACUGGAAAGAUUCGAUCUAAUUCAGAAAUUUCCAGCCAAAUGAAACAGCCUCUCCCGACAAACAUGCCCUCAAUCUCAAGAGGCAGGACCAUGAUCCACAUCCCCGGGGCUCGGAAUAGCUCCUCCAGUACAAGCCCUGUUUCUAAGAAGGGUGCACCCCUCAAGACUCCAGCCACCAAAAGCCCUAGUGAGGGUCCAGCAGCCACCACUUCUCCUAGAGGAACCAAGCCAUCAGUAAAAUCAGAGCUGAGCCCUAUUACCAGGCAAACUUCCCAAAUCAGUGGGUCAAAUAAGGGGCCUUCGAGAUCAGGAUCUAGAGACUCCACUCCCUCAAGGCCUACACAGCAACCAUUAAGUAGGCCGCUGCAGUCUCCAGGGCGAAACUCCAUCUCCCCUGGUAGAAAUGGAAUAAGCCCUCCUAACAAACUGUCUCAGCUGCCCAGAACGUCGUCGCCGAGCACUGCUUCAACCAAGUCCUCAGGCUCUGGGAAAAUGUCCUAUACAUCCCCCGGCAGACAGAUGAGCCAACAAAACCUUACCAAACAAGCAGGCUUACCCAAGAAUGCCAGUAGUAUCCCGAGAAGCGAGUCCGCAUCUAAAGGGCUGAACCAGAUGAGCAAUGGCAAUGGGUCCAAUAAGAAGGUAGAACUUUCUAGAAUGUCUUCAACUAAGUCAAGUGGAAGUGAGUCAGAUAGAUCAGAAAGGCCUGUGCUAGUACGCCAGUCUACUUUCAUCAAAGAAGCCCCAAGCCCGACCCUAAGGAGGAAGCUGGAGGAGUCUGCCUCAUUUGAGUCCCUGUCUCCAUCUUCUAGACCAGACUCUCCCACCAGGCCCCAGGCACAGACCCCAGUGCUAAGUCCCUCCCUUCCUGAUAUGUCUCUGAGCACACAUCCAUCUGUUCAGGCUGGUGGAUGGCGAAAGCUCCCACCUAAUCUCAGCCCCACUAUUGAGUAUAAUGAUGGGAGACCAGGAAAGCGCCACGAUAUCACACGCUCCCAUUCUGAAAGUCCUUCCCGACUGCCAAUCAACCGGGCAGGAACCUGGAAGCGAGAGCACAGCAAACACUCCUCGUCCCUCCCUCGAGUGAGCACUUGGAGAAGAACUGGAAGCUCAUCUUCCAUUCUUUCCGCUUCGUCGGAGUCCAGUGAAAAAGCAAAGAGUGAGGAUGAAAAGGUUGUGAACUCUGUGCCGGGACCCAGACAAGCGAAGGAAAACCAGGUGCCCACAAAGGGCACGUGGAGGAAAAUCAAAGAAAGUGAAAUAUCUCCCACAAACACGGUUUCUCAGACCACUUCCUCAGGUGCUGCCCAUGGUGCUGAAUCAAAGACUCUGAUUUAUCAGAUGGCACCUCCUGUUUCUAAAACAGAGGACGUUUGGGUGAGAAUUGAAGACUGCCCCAUUAACAACCCUCGGUCUGGAAGGUCUCCCACAGGUAACACCCCUCCAGUGAUUGACAGUGUUUCAGAAAAGGGAAAUCCAAGCAUUAAAGACGCAAAAGACAGUCAGGGAAAGCAGAGUGUGGGCAGCGGCAGUCCUGUGCACAUGGCGGGCCUGGAGAACCGCCUGAACUCCUUUGUUCAGGUGGACGCCCCAGAGCAGAAAGGAACGGAGGCAAAGCCAGGACAGAGUGGCUCUGUGCCUGCAGCAGAGCCUGGUGAGACGAGUGUAGUCGAGCGCACCCCUUUCAGCUCAAGCAGCUCCAGCAAGCACAGCUCACCUAGUGGGACUGUUGCUGCCCGAGUGUCGCCUUUUAAUUACAACCCGAGCCCUCGGAAAAGCAGUGCAGAUGGCACGUCAGCCCGGCCCUCGCAGAUCCCAACGCCGGUGAGCAACAGCACCAAGAAGCGGGAUUCAAAGACUGACAGCACGGAAUCCAGUGGAGCCCAGAGUCCUAAGCGCCAUUCUGGGUCUUACCUCGUAACAUCUGUUUAAAAGAGCUGGAAGGACAAACCUAGAAAAAGCUGGUCUUAUCACAACUGCUGUAUAGAGACUUUAUUUCAAAGAAAACUUUAAAGGUUGAAAAUUUUUGUAAAUAGGUUUGACUCUCGUUAGAGGGGUUUUGUUCUGGAAACCAUGUUUGAUAGUCCACUUGGUCCUCACCGGUCAUUUUGGAAGGCACUCUUGUUAGGUAGGAAAGAAAUGGUAAAGCCAAGUAUAUUUGUACAGUAUGUUUCACAUGUAUGUAAGUGGCAUCCAUCCCAUCGUCCUUUAAUCAUCGCUUAUCUUAAAAUAACACUACAGAUAGAUGCUAUAUGAUAUAUUGCUGUUAUCAAUCGUUUCUAGAUUAUAAAAUAAACUUACAUCAGGGAGAAAUUGGUAUUUAUGCAAAAAAUAGUCCUCGUGAAUCCAUCUAAUGUCAUAAUUGAUCAUGUAGCUGUGAAAUUCACAGUGAUAUGGUUCCCAGUGCACAUGUUUACCCAGCCUGCUUUGCUUUCCUGCAUGAAUGAAACUGAUGGUUCAGUUCCCGUGGUCACAUGGUGUGCAUGGGGUAGCUAGAGUGUGGCAGCUCACACAUUUUUACCUGAACUAGAGUUUAUCGAAAGUAGGUAGGAUUUUUGCUAUGCUGUAACUGUUGUAUAUUCUGGUAUUUGAGGUGAGAUGGCUGCUCUUUUAUUAAUGAGACGAGCUGUGUCUCAAACUAAAUGAACAUUUCAGAAUAAAUUAUUGCUGUAUGUAAACUAUUACUGAAAUUGGUAUUUGUUUGAAGGGUCUUAUUUCACGUUUGUAUUAAUAAUUGUCAAAAGGGCCUCUUUUAAAAGCUAAAUGUAAAUUUUUUCUUGAGAUUCUAUGCAUUAAGAGUAAAAUUCCCUCUUACUGUAAUAAAGACAAUGAAGAAGAUUCUUGACACUUACCCAUUCCUAAAAUUUAUUUUUAUGUACUUAGCACCUCUCAAUGCUUGAUAUCCCUCCACUUCUUUUCUUAUACGCUGGAGUCUGAUUAAAGCAAAUGCCUGAAAUAGCACAAGACGAGGAGAGAUCGGCCCACUUAGAAUAAUAGCUCCUUUUCCUUGAUAGGAUUCAUACUUGAAACAUUGGCUUCUGACAGGUGUCACUUGUGUCUUUCGGGCUUUACAGUGCACUGUCUUACCCGUCACCUCCAUGUUGAUACUGGGUCUGAAAUUGAUGCCUGUCACCACUCUGUAUGUUAAAGUAGAUUGUUUGUGACCAGGCAUAAUCAGUAUUUUCUGAUGCUCAAAGAAUACAAGUCAGUGAAAUGUCAGAGAUAAAUUUAAUGCUGUUACAAUAAUUUUUAAAGAAAGACAAAGGUGAUUGCCGUCAAGCCUGAAGACCCACAUGGUCCCUAAAGCUGCCCUCUGACCUCCACACACCUGCCAUGGCACAUCUGCAAGUGCACACACAAAGCUCAUACAUUUCCAAAGGACUGCCUAGGGCCAACAAGGUGGCUCAGCAGGUGACGUGGAAGCUGCCCUCUAACUGCCACACAUGCACCAUAAUUAAUAAGUCAAAAGGUUUCUUUAGUUCCAGCCUGUUAAGGACAACUUCGUUUUUAAUGGGUACAGUGGUGAGGUGUUUAGUGCCCACUUCCCAUAUGGCAGAGAGACUCCGUCAUGAGGGGGAUUGCACCGAUACACGUAAUUAGCCAAGAGUUUCAAUUUUGUCAGACUUUAUCUGAAGUGUGGGUUUUUAAAAAAAAAAAAACAAUAUCCCAUCAUGUUCUCCCGGGCUGCCAUGAGCAUCGGGGAUGGGGAUGUAGUCAUAGCUGCCUUUCAGUCAUAAUUUCGGUUAGAAUUACUGCACGCCAAUUUUUAUAAGCCACUUCAAGUAUUUCUGUGGAAAGAUAUGAGGUAUUAGUUAGAAUAAAUUGCUUUUUAGUACAUGUCUUUAAAAAUCAAUGUUCAAACUAAAAGAAGAGUUCAUUCCACCUGUUGGAGACUAAAAUCCCCAGGGGCAGCCCUACUGGGAAGGGUCUGUCUGUGUUGUCCCUUGUCGUUGUUGAGUGAAACCCUCUGGCUAGAGGUGAUGGCUGUGGAAGUGAAGGUCUUUCCUCCGUUCUGCUCUGGAAAGUUCACUGGGUGAUGUCUUAACUGGGAGCAAGCCCAGUGCUCCAGCUGCUGCUUUAAGGGCACACUAAGCCCACUGUUGAGGAUUGACCACUACUUAGCAGGCUAUUAAAGGGCAGGGGCCUGUUUAGUUUUGGACUACAGCAAAGAAAGCCUAAGGUAGCAGUUUUCAGACAGGUAGGUGUGUUUGGGUCGUCAGAAGUGUUUAUUAAAUCACAGCUGGGCCCCACACCCCCAGUUUGAGAGAGUUGACCUGGAGAGGGUUGCAAGAACGAUUUCAGGGAUGAUACGUGGCCUUAUGGGGUGGGGACCGUGAAGAACCACUGUCCUUAGUAGCCACAGCACAGCGCUUAACACUUAAAACAACUGGACCUUUAACCUGCCCAGGAAGCUCCUUGGCAGGAAAGACCUGAAUAUUGAGUUGUCCAAUUCCAUAACCUGUGUCAACUCACAGUAGGGAGUAAACUCACCAGACUAACAAACACGCAGUUCUGAACAUGUCCACUGCAUCUGAGGAUCAGCUUGUGUUAGAGAGACAGCUUAGAGACCGCUCCCGUUAAAGAGCCUUACCAAUAUGUAGUUUGGAUAUGCGGUAUGAGACUGAAAAGAGAAAUUCGAGAUGAGAGAAAAUUGGUUGUAGGUGAAAGGAAAAUCCUCCAUUUGUUAGUGCACAGUAGCAGUGAUGGACCGAUGGUAAGCUUUGCAGAUCACCAGGGCGCUAAGGAGGUAAAGAUGAAAUAAGACAGGCCCUGUGGGAACCAACCAGUACUGUUCAUGCGUCAGGAUUUUCUUUAUGUGUAAAAUGUGGAUCAUAUUACCACAAAGUUAAUUGAAAAAUGAGUUUGUUGCUGAAAACGGGAGACAGUUGACAGCUAAGAAAAGAAAAGAAUACUAGAAAUGCAAGAAUUAAACUGCCCAAAGUUAAAGAUGGGUUUGCAUGAUCAGAUGAUUGACUCUACCAAACAACUUUUCAAGAGUCGAGGAGGCUGACAUGGAGUGUGUCUUGUUUCUCACUUUCUAGUGAGCUUGUUUCCCUCACAUGCUCCUUAGAAUACUGCUUUGUAAUGUGGAGAUCUAUGAACUGUGACUUCUGUGAACCCAGGUCAUUUUCCUCCUGGUCUCUUAACUCUGGUCUAUGAAAAUACGUUCUGCUUUUUGUUAGACCAUUGCUGCAUCUUUCAGACUGUAUGUUCUAUAUGUGUAAUACUGUUCUUGGUGCUAAAUAUACUUUCCUCUGGUAUUCAGGAUAAUUUUUCUCUAUAUUUCUGUUCACUUACUUUCUUGAAGUUACCUGAUUGUUAUUUUUAAUUAAAAAUGCUUAAUGUA